UAUAAACACAUACUAUGAGAAAUCAUAGAAAAAUAAAUAAACGAUAUUGAUGAUAGAGACUUCUCACUCACAGUCCUGUCAGACACCGCUUUGUUAUAUGCCGAAAUUAUGUAUGAUUAGCGCGGGAAUAUGGAGAUUACCACUGCCCGUGGAAAAUGUUAUUUUAAAAAAGACAUACACUGUUUAUCGGAAAUUUGUCCGCGUAUGUUUCCCGAUAUUCCUAGCAUCUCUGUGUAUCCAGUGUACGUUAACACUCCUAGAUAAGAAUUCUAGCAAAACCACCGAAGAGUUAUUCAAGCAGCUUUCCUAUUUCAUAACGCUUCUAAUAGUUGAAGUUGCGACCAUUCUCUGGCAAAGAGACGAGGUUCUUCGUCUCAUCUCAUUCGUUUAUGAAGAGGAAGAAAAAAUAUUUCGCUCCGGCGAGAAAAUAAUUAUCCAAGCACACUUAAAACAAGUACACUUUUGCAAAAAUUCGAAUUGGAUUGUACUUGUUUUCACGCUGUUCGCCGGAUCGACGAUGAUUUUGGAAACGUAUUGGCGAAGAUUCGAAGUGGAAAAAUACAACAGGGAGCAUAAUGCUACUUUGCCAGUGCCGUUCCUAUUCGAACUGUAUUGUUACAAAUUUGAUGCAGAAAAACACGCCGCGGUUUUGCACUAUGUCAAUGAUUUUGCCGCUAUCAUUAACGGUUUUCGUAUAGUUUCCACCAAAACCAUUUUCUUCUCCUGCAUUAUGUUUGUACCAUCGGUUUUAAAGCAGUUGUGCAUCAGGUUUAGAAAAAUGGGCACCUACGAAGACGAUAUAUUUGUCAUUUUACGACAUCUAAUCUUAGAGCACCAGGAAGUUAAUAGGUUCGUUAAAAAAUUAAACGAUUGCGUCAAAUACUUGAUUUUGAUGGAAUAUCUUCUAGACUCUUUAAAUGUAGCCGCAACAUCCAUCCAAUUUAUAACGUACGAUCGCAAGAUGCUAGCGUCGCCUAUUUUUUACAUCAGUCACUUAUUUGUUCAAACUUUUAUUUUGGCGUGGAAUGCGAAUGAAGUAAAAAUACAGAGUUUGGCACUAGCGGAUGCCAUCUACGACAGCCCGUGGUACAAACAAACCAUGGGUGUUAAGAAAUCCCUUUUGACUGUAAUACUUAGAGCUCAGAGGCCAUUACUUCUAACGAUAGGCCCUUUCGAUGCCAUGACAACUCAAUCGGGUUUAGCGAUAAUGAAGGCUUCUUAUUCGUAUGUAACCCUAAUGAUGAACAACUAUUAAUUCUCGCACCGAAAAUUUAGCCACCCGCGAUGAGUUUGGAAAAAAUGCACAGUUAUCUUCUUUAAUUUAGAAUGUUGUAUAUAAUGUGUAAAGAA